CUAAUGCUAUAAUACUGUACGACUCUGCUGUAAGCAAAAACCCUAGAGUGAAAAACCUCCCAUUUCAAGUGUACUAGGGUUAGCUAAUGUGAAUCUCCUCUCUUCUCCGUACAGAUCUAACAAAAAUGGGAUUCAUAUCAUCAUCUGCAGCGAAAAAACUUUCAUGGAGAACUAAUAUUACCACUCCCACGCACAUUUUUAGGGUUUCUAAUCCCUGUGCUCUCAAAUCCCUACUUGGUUUCUGCUCAAAUGCAGAAACUCCAACCUCUGAAACCCUUUCUUCUUCUGUACAAGAUAAAGAAAAUGCAGUCUCGGAAGGAAAUGAAAAUGAUGAUCAAGUCACCGUCAAUAGAAUCCCAAGAGGUAAGAGACAAAACCAAGAAAAAUUAGAAAUUAUUAUUUCUAGAAUGAUGGCGAAUCGAGCUUGGACAACUAGGUUACAAAACUCAAUCAGAACAUUAGUUCCUGAAUUUGAUCAUACUCUUGUUUAUAAUGUUUUGAAUACCGCACGCAACUCUGAACAUGCUUUACAAUUCUUUAGAUGGGUUGAGAAGACCGGGUAUAGACAUGAUCGAUCAACUACUUUGAAGAUUAUUGAGAGAUUAGGUGGUGAUUUGAAAAAUAAUCAUGCCCGUUGUAUUCUUUUAGAUAUGCCUAAAAAGGGUCUUCAAUGGGAUGAAGAUUUCUUUAUUGAGUUGAUUUAUAGUUAUGGUAAAUCUGGAAUCGUUCAAGAGUCUGUCAACAUGUUCCAGAAGAUGAAAGAAUUAGGAGUCGAGAGGAGUAUCAAAACUUAUGAUGCUUUAUUUCAAGUUAUUUUGCGUAAAGGAAGGGAAGCUAUGGCCAGGCGUUUUUUUAAUGCAAUGCUGCAAGAUGGUGUAAUGCCGACAUGCCGUACCUAUAAUAUCAUGAUUGGUGGUUUUUUCCUGUCAGAGAAGGUCAAAACAGCAGAGCGAUUUUUCAAAGAAAUGCAGGAAAGAGAGAUUAGUCCGAAUGAUGUUACUUAUAAUACUAUGAUUAAUGGGUAUUCCAGGGUUAAACAGAUGGAAGAGGCUGAGAAAUUUUUUGUGGAAAUGAAAGAGAAAAAAUUCGUCCCUGAUGUGAUUAGUUACACAACAAUGAUCAAAGGUUACGUUUCUACUGGUCGAGUAGAUGACGGGUUGAGGCUGUUUGAAGAGAUGGCUUCUGCUGGGAUCACACCAACCGAUAUCACUUACUCAACUCUUCUUCCAGGGCUUUGUGAGGCAGAUAAAAUGCCAGAAGCGCACAAGCUUUUGAAGGACAUGGUGGCGAAACACAUUGCUCCAAGGGACAAAUCAAUCUUUUUGAGAUUAAUAUCAUGCCAAUGCAAAUUGGGAAAUAUGGAUUCUGCUACAGAUGUUCUUGAAGGGAUGAAUCAAUUGAACAUUCUUACUGAGGCAGCUCAUUAUGGUGUUUUGAUUGAGAAUUUUUGCAAGGCCGGGUUAUAUGAUAAAGCCAUAAAGUUGGUGGACAAAGUUAUUGAGAACGAGAUCCUCUUGAACCCAAGAAGCACCACAGAAAUGGAAUCUAGCGCUUAUAACCCAAUGAUUGAGUAUCUUUGCAACCAUGGGCAAACAGGGAAAGCAGAAACAUUUUUUCGGCAGUUGCUGAAAAAGGGUAUCAAGGAUCCUGUUGCAUUCAACAACUUGCUGCGUGGACAUUCAAAGGAAGGGUCACCAGAAACAGCACUUGAAAUUCUCCAGAUCAUGGGUAGACGCGGUGUACCUUCAGAUGCCGAUGCUUAUAGGGCUCUCGUUGAGAGUUUCUUGAAAAAAGGAGAGCCAGCUGAUGCCAAGACUGCUUUGGAUGGUAUGAUAGAAAGUGGGCAUACCCCAGGACCGGAGCUGUUUAGGUAUGUCAUGGAGAGUUUGUUUAAUGAUGAACGAGUGCAAACAGCAAGCAGGGUAAUGAAGAGUAUGAUUGAAAAGGGAGUGAAGGAGAACAUGGAUUUGGUCCCUAAGAUCUUGGAGGCACUUUUCAUGAGGGGUCAUGUUGAGGAAGCCAUUGGGCGAGUUAAAUUAUUGUUGGAUCAUGAUUGUAUUCCUGAUUUUGAUAGUCUUUUGAAUGCUCUUUGUGAAAAGCGGAAAACAAUUGCUGCCCAAAAGUUGUUGGAAUUUGGGAUGGAGAGGGAUGAUUGUACCAUUAGUUUUUCAAGUUAUGAUAAGGUAUUGGAUGCUCUUCUUGCAGAAGGAAAGACCUUAAAUGCCUACUCUGUUUUGUGUAAGAUAUCAGAGAAGGGUGGUCUCACAGAUAAGAGUGAGGAUCUGAUUAGGAGCCUAAAUGCAGAAGGGAACACCAAGCAAGCAGACAUUCUCUCUAGAAUGAUGAAGGAAGGAGAUAAUGCAUUUAUUUCUAGCAAGAAAGGAAAGAAAAAAGUUGCAGUGAACUUCUGAUUUUUUCUCUUGGAGGAGCAAAUUGGCGAUUGCCAUUCACUCUCUUAUCAGAUUAAUUAUGGGAGGUGACUUUCUUGAGCCGAAUAACUUGUGCUGAGUUUCUAAUUAUUCAGUAAUUUCUUUCAAUGUUUUUUGAUACUUUUCGUUUAUGUAAGCCGAGGCUAGUAGGCUGAAACUUUGAGGUCGAUUUUUAGUUAAAUCUUUUUGGUACUUGUUCUGCUGCAUCUUUGUUGUUUCUUUAUCUCAAGGUGAACAAUCAUCGAAGACUGGGUUAAGUAAGCGUCAUCACCAGCGAAUGCGUCUUGAGCCGCAUUUAGACUGCUAGUGUCGUCUAGCAAGAGUAGUAGUGAUUCUCAGCCAUCCUUAGAACUGAACUGCAGUUGCUUCUAAUUCAGAUUUGGAAAAUUGUAGUGACUUCUUACAGUUGAUAUACAAUGCGUAAUAGAACAGUUCUUGACUGCUGUUUUUC